GUCCUCGGCGGCAUGGCCACCCUCAUCGCGUCCUACCUCGCUCGCAUGCGCGGCUCCUCCGAGCCCGACUCGAGUAUCCGGCUGACAAAGGACCUCGACCAGUUCAUCCGCGACAUCGAGGCCUUCGUCCUCGACCACGGCCACGAGACCGGC